AUGAACUGUUCUACUUUAGGCGGUGUUGUGGCCUAUGUAGAUAUUCGUUCCCCUUUAGGGGGUGCGGUAUCGGCGCUGACAAGAAAUCUCACCACUCUCGGCGCUACAGUUAUGUCAACUCGAAAUUCUUCGGUUACUCAUGUCAUUUUUUGUAAAGGUGAUCCUGACACUAUGUACUGGGCAGAAAAACGCGGCAUUUUUAUCGUGACUCCAGCAUGGGUUUCCGCCUGCAGCAAGGAAAAGAUUCGUGUUCCUGAAGAAUGCUAUUACAUUAAAGAGAAAGAGGAUGUUGAGUUGGAAAACGAUUUUAAGCUUAUUGCUAUGAGAAAUGCGCCUUUGGCAAUAUCUGGGCUCCACGAUGAUUCCAUAUUUUUCGGUGAUCCUAAUGUUAAUAACACCUUACUUACCAUUCCUGAGACACCAACUACAGACAAAAACUUUCUUGAUAACACUGAUAUCAAUUAUCCCACAUCUGCCAAACGUAGUCCCCCACCUGGUUGGAAGUGUUUACCCUCGCCUCAGAGGCCAUGUGAUUUGAUGGCUCUGGUUGAAUAUUCCUCUUCAAUGAGCGAACAUCCUCAUCCUCACAUUGAGGAUAUCAAACGAAUGCCCCUUUCUCCUGAUGUCGUCAAUAGUGUGGUCUACAAUAUUGCCACAUUAUCCGCUAACCGGGCACAAGAGAAAGUGAAGAAAUUCCGGCGCGCUCCCGCACCACCAUCUAAGCCUGCAGUUGUAACUCCAGAGGAAGAAGAAGAGAUAAUGAAAAAAUCGUUAUCUCCCGUUAAGCCUACAAAGAAUCGAAAUGUUAAACCUCGAUCUUCUUCAUUCCGCAAGGAACUUCUCGGAAGGAUUUUUAGGUCUAAGCGAAGGUCCCCUGUAUCCGAUGUAACUAUCGAGGAUAAUGUACAAUCGAAAAACAUCCUUUCUACAAAGUCCAGGACUGAGUCACAGCCAACAUGCAAAUCGACGAGAUUAUUGGCUAAAGCAAAUUUAAUUGUGAUUGAUUCUGAGAUUAGUCUUAAUUCGUCAACAAUGAGUAUAUCUUCAUCUGAACCUCGCGACAGUUUGGACGAUUUUAUAGAAAAUUCAAGAGUGAAGCAGAGUCGUCAGUCUAGAUAUUCCAUCCAGACUCGAGAUCCACCUAUCGAAAUUCUUUUCUCUGGAUUAAGUUCUUUCCAAAGACAAACUCUUAUAACUCUGCUUCGUUCCUGUCCGAGCUUGAGCAAAUACGAGAUUAACCCAUCAAUAAACGAACGCCUCUGUGGCCCGGAGAGUGCAAAUGGAGAAUUCAGUGCUUCCUCAAAUAGUCGUUCUACUAAUGUCUUGGCUGCGGUUUUGGGUUUUUCCGAUGCCACACGACGCUGGCGCCUUGCUGAUCACUUUGUUCCCUCCUCCACAACUCAUCUUGUUACUUGUCGAGUCUUAUCCGCCUCCUCAGCCUUUCAUUCGUGCCCUCGAACUGUCAACUUAUUCAAGGCUCUCAUGGGCUCUGUUCCAGUUGUGGAUCAAUCCUGGAUUGAGGAGUCAGCAAAAGCUGGCAAGUGGCUUCCUCAUCAACGAUUCCUGAUUUCUGGUUUACCAUCAUCAAAAACUGCUUCCGCAAAGUUGCGGACUCUUUUCUCUAAGGUUGAGGGCAUCUUUCUCGCCUCUGGUACAUCUCCGCCGCCAAAUGUUCUGAAAGAUCUAAUUAUUGCUGGUGGAGGCAGUGUUUCAAGGCGACCUUUUGGCGCAACUUUAGUUGUUGGACAACAUGAUGCGAAAAGGCCUAGUGUCACUCCCAAAUGGAUUCUUGGAAUGAAAUUUCGGGUGAGAACAAAUGACAGUGGAUCAAUUGACUACUUUGCAAACACAAUUCAGAUGUUGGCAAAUCUGACCAAAAACUGUGCUCUGCGAAUUAGAAAGGAUACGAUUGCCUUCAUUGUUCGAGAACGAAGUGUUCAGGGUGGAACCGAGGCCUGGUGUGAACUAAAUCAGUCUAGUGUUUUCUCUGAAUGCGUCUGUGAGGGCCUAUCUCCGGAGCAGGAUGAAAUUUUACUCGAGGUCAUUCCUGAAGAGAUUCUGCUAUGUCUGCGAGGCAUCAGCAGUGCCAGUGUACAUGGUAUUAGCAGCAACGGAAGUGGUGUUCUCACAUCUCAAUCAAAUAGCGCUGUUGGAAGCUCCGGUGUCACCCUGCCUCGUGGUCAGACUACUCUGCACAACUUUAUUAACACUGCACGCAGUCUCAAGAUUAAACUCGUCAGACGAAAAACACCCUGCUUAGCUCUCGAAGUUGAACAGGCUAGUAUAAGUGGACGUUCAAGAGCAGUUUGGCAUUUCAUUCCAGUGCACAUUGUGCCUCUUCGACUUUGGUCAGAUUUUGGGGAUAUUCCUGAUCCAGAUUUCGAUUUGAGUAUCUUUCUUCCAUCUAUCAAGAGUCUUCGCCAAUUUGUCGACCGUAUGAAGCACUUUGCAAGAUUCAUUAUUAUCAAGGCGACUGGAAGUGGAGUUCUAUAUUUGGAAAUCAACAUGGAAACUCUGGCCCGAGUUCGAUUAACUUUCCGAGGACUUCGGGCUCGUAAUUGGCAUGUUUCCGAAGAAGAUCGAACUUCUAAAGAAGACAAUUAUGACGAACAGGAGGCGUUUUCGGCUACGGUUGACAUUAGACGAUUUAGUCAACUUCUUUCAGCUCAACGGAUUCAGCCCGGCUGGUUUGUCUGCAAUAUCGUACAAGAUCAUCUAAUACAAUUCGUCAUGAUGUUUGAACACUCGAGACUCAAGUAUACCCUUCCUGCUUCACAUAUUUGA